AAAAGUGUGGGAAAGAUUCAUUGAAAUCUGCAAUGAUAAUAAAAGCUUUUUUGGUAUGACAUGGUCUUCUCUGAGAAGCCAGUUGGAUGGAGUGGAACUGAAGAAAUCAUAUGUAUUAAAUCCUUUGGCGCCAGAAUUUAUUCCACGCCAGUAUCAGCUUGAAUCAUAUAUUCAUUUACCUUCACAGUUUCCAGUGGAUUGCAAUACAAGUGUCGUGCCAUUCGCACAGUCUCCUCAAGGGGAGGUACCAUUAGCAUUUCAACAAGGAUCUGAACCUCCUAUUUCUUCCUGUAUAUCUCAUCCGACACAUAUUCCCAGACCAACCCAUAUCCCCCCUCCACCAGCUCUGCAUUUAGCACCUAAUUUCCCCACUACCAAUGCUGCUCCUGUGAUUUUUUACACUGGGUCUUCUGUUCCCCCUGUCCACCCACCUCUACCCAUGUCGGGGCCAAAUUCUAAUUUUUAUCCUUUGAAAACUGCAUUGGGUACACUUAGCAUAGUUAACUCUCCUCCAAUUUUAUAUAACAGUGUUGUGCCUUCUUCUCUAACUCCUUUGAACACUUGGGGAAAUCAUCUGAUUUCUCCUUCUAUUCUUCGAGGAAAUCCACAGUGGGGACAGACUAUGCAUGGUGAUUUCUUGAAAAAACCAGGACAAACUGCACCACAGAUUGCUACAGUUUUUCCAUUACCAUAUUAUGAAGAAGCACAAAGAGGUGGUUUAAAUUCACCUUCAAGAACAAAUGGUCUUCCUAAUAUGAAUGGGCACCUUGGUCCUCCUCAAAGCUUUUUGUCAACUUCUCAAAACUCAGUAGCUGACUGCUAUAUACCAGGCGGUGUAAUGUCUCCAGCAGUUUUGUCUCAGUGUUCUCCAUCCAGUGAUACAGUGUGUACAUCAACUAAUGGAGUUGCAGAUAAAGUAGAACAAAUACAGUUUCUCCAUAAUGUGCAUUUUCCCGAGAAACUGGUCCAUGUCAAAGAAAAGAGGCACAAGGAAAUAACUACUGUUUUGCCACCUGAAGUUUCCUUGAGCCAAUUAUUCAAUUCGGACGCUCAGCGGGAAUGGUAUAACCAUGUGCUUGAAACGUCUGGACUAGAUACUGCAAACAAAUUAAUGGAAAUGGUUCUCUCAGAUACGGCCGAAACAAUGAAUCCUCCAACUCCUACUUCUCCAAGUCAGGAGUGCUUUCAUCCUCAUAUUGUUCAAGGAUUAGAAGAUUUGUUUAUUGACAAAAAAAUGAAUAGCAGUAGUCCUGUAGUAGACCAUCAUACAGAAACUAAUAUCCAGAGGCAUCAUGUGUUGUCACAACUUAAUAUUUUACAACACACCAGACAGCAGAAAAUUCCUGGUGAUACCAGCAACAUUCAAGCAGGUGUCAUCUUACAUGAGAAUGAACUCAGGACCUACUUGACUGCAGUUAGCCGCCAUGAAUUGGUUGUCAAUGAUGUCAGUAUAAAAUGUUCUGAUACCGCAACAGAAAAUUUUCAUAUUGUGCAAGAAACUAAUCCCAUACAAGUGCAACAAGAGACGAGAACAGAUUUUUCUUCGUGUACCUCCAUUGGCGACAUAUCAAAACAGUGUUGGCCUCCUCUUCCAUCUCACAACAGUAUUGCUGCUUUUUCUCCUCACAGUUCAUCCAGAACAAUUUCAUCUGAAGGAGGUGUAACAUCUGUUAAUGAUUUUCUAGAUGGAGUUGUUGAUAAAACCUCCACUGCUGGAAGUGGAGCUUUUGCUGGUUAUGCUCGUGCUGUAAGCAUUGGUUUUCAACAUUAUAAUGAAAGUACAUUUUAUAGUUCUACUCAUUUUCAACCACGUGUUGGCCAGCAAUUGUUGAGUAACUAUCCUCAAAGUGUUGUGCAACAAGAUACUGUUAGUUUUCAUUCAAGUGGUGAGUGUAACAAUGAGGAAGACAAUUGCAAUUGUACAUUUCCAUUAAAUCAUACUGUUAGAAAUGAAAAUACUCCAGAUGUGCUAAGAACAAUAAGAACUGACACUAAUCAGUCAAAUGGGAGGAAAGAAAAUGGAGGCAAAAUAGAAGAUUCUUAUGCUCCUGUUCAUGUGUCAGAACCAAAAGCAACCCACCAAGGUUCCCGUUUGUAUCAGUAUUUCUCAUAAACUGAGCUGUCAUCAUUCAGGAAGCAUAAGCAUUGUUUGGUUAGAAUUUAUUAAUUUGUUUAUGCACCUUAAUUCCCCUUCAGUUGAUGUGCCAGUGAUGUAUUAUUAAUGAGACUGUUCGUGAUGUAUGUAUAAACUUUAUCUGUGUAUGUAAAUAUCCUUUUUGUGAGAUGUACCUACAAACAAAAUCACAUGAAAUUCUUUGCGUAUUUUAAAUAUUAUCUAUUAAAUACCAUUAAUACACAAGAACCAGUUUUAUUUUUGUGUUACUGAAACUUAGUCCACUGUUCCUGUAUAAAGGAUAAUAUGUAUAUCCUACAUAGGAUUCGUUAUUGGAUUUAGCUACCAAAAAAAAGGGUAGGAAGUUUCCAGUUUUUUCAAAAAUUUUUAAUUUGGUAUUUAUAAUCGUUAUUGAUCGUUUUUUCACCCUCUCUCUCUCUUUCAUGUUUGUUUUAUUAGUAAGGUUUCUUAUUGUUACUGUAAUGUGAUUUAUUAAUGGCAAACCUUUACUGUGAAUAUUAUACAAUAGACCUAAGUGUUUUGUGCAGAAAAUAAGUCCUCCACAGAUUGAGUUGUGGCCUCAGCACAACUAAUGUUUAUGAAAUUUAUUAUAUAAAUUGUAAUAUAAAUCUCAAAAAUUGUCUCCUAAUCUUUUUUCUCCUGACAAAUCUUGUGUAUGUUCAGUGCCAUUCAUUGCAGUGCAAAAUUACUAUUUCAAUAGUGUGUCAUUCUGCAAGUGUGUGAAGUACAAAAUCAUCUGAGAA